AUGCGUCCUCAGAUGUUGUCACUCUCAUCCAACGCCACCACAACACUUCUCCGUCAAGCUCUUCCCUUUCUCCUUCAGCUUCAUCCCUCUCUCACUCUACCUUCUGCUCCUAACCCUAAUUCCAUCAUUUCAUCACGCUAUCGUUCACCCCUUCCUCCCACUCCUUCUGCUGCUUCUUCUUCUCUAUUCGCCGCCACUCGCAGGUUUUCUACACGCGCCACCCAUGUCAAUGACCCUGGUUCUAUUGACUCCCCUCUCAUGCAGUCCAUGGAGAAAAAGAUAAAGGAUCAACUCAAUGCUGAAUCAGUCACCGUAAAAGAUGCUUAUGGUGAUGGACGCCAUGUAAGUAUCGAUGUUGUAUCCACUGCCUUCGAGGGACAAUCGGCUGUAAAUCGGCAAAGGAUGGUGUAUAAAGCUAUAUGGGAGGAGCUUCAGAGCACAGUUCACGCAGUUGAUCAGAUGACAACUCGCACCCCUGCCGAAGCUGCCACAAAAUGAUAAAGGCUCACGGGAAUCUUGAUCACCUAAUAAUUUUUGUAGGCUUUCUUGGAAUGAAUCAAUAAUCUUAUUACUGCGAUUACAUUAUAUGUUCACAUGCAACUGGCGAUCAGUAUUCUGUUUUAGACUUUGAGAGUUCCUAAAUUCUUUAAUAUACCAAAAGGUUUAAGGGAGUUUCAAAUGUGUAUGGUCCAAAAUGUUUCAAUCCACCCGCAUCACUUUUUCAAUUGAUGCUCAUAUUGCCGUUCUACAAUUACACUUUUCAAUAUAUUGAAUUGAAACUUGAGAGGGAA